CCCUGGAAACCCCUCUUCACAAGAAGAAGAUGAGGACUGUGAUUCUGAAGAUCGGGUCAGCGACUCGGGUUCAUAUUCCUCAGCGAGUAGCGAUUAUGAGUAAGGUUCUCAAAGAGGGACAAUUAAGCCCAUCUCUUCGAUCCAGAGAAUAUACACGUGGUCUGGGGAAACUGCAAGGAUUUUGGCGUGGUUGGAAUCGAGUGAUUGAGGUUCUAUAAUAAGUGGGAUUUAAUUGCACCACGUUCCGUUGUAUGGUGGUGUAAGGAGAAAUGAGGAUGCCAGUCUUUGCUGCUAUAGGUUUUUUAAAAAUGAUUCUUAGAUGAGGAGAAUCUCCUCUCUCUGGUCAUGGGGUCUGCCUAGGCCAUAGGAGGAUGUAUCUGUAACAGUGCUCAAGAACUCUUUGUUCCGAUUGCAGUGCCUUCUUUCUCCUUUGGUGUGAUCUUUGUGAUUUAAUCUCAUUAGUAUUUGAAGUGGAGAGACACCCCACUUUAUAAAACAACUGUUUUAUAAGGCAGUUGUUUAUGCAGACUUUUUUCUGUUAUGGAAAUGAAUAGCUAUAUAACAAAGAAAUGCCCACCCAUAGUCUCACCAUCAAGGACAACCUCUCAGCACUUCUGGAUAUUUCUGCUGUAUUUUCCUAUGCAUUUCCAUGGUUUUCUUGUUUUCCAUUUUACUUUAUAAUUUAAUUUUUAAAAAUACUGAUACCUAAAGGUUUUCACUUUUUUAUUACUAAUGCCAUGUAAAGGUUAUUUUGAUUCACAGUACUCAGUGCUACAUCAUUUUUAAGAAUCUAUGCCUUACUACUAUGGAUUAAGAAUUAGAAAAGUCAAUUAGCAGUAGUAGCAUGAAGUGAAUGACUAAUAGUGAAAAUGUUUUGAUGCCAAAAUGUCAACUAACCCAGUAAUGGACAACCAUAUCUGGGCAGUUUUAGGAUGACAUUUUAUGUGUAUUUAGGAACAACAAUUAACAAAUAAUUUAUGUGUGUGUAGAAGUAACAGUUAUUUGGCAAUUGUUUUUACCUACCAGUAUAUUAAAGAUUUUUAUCAUUGUCUUUAAAAGUAUGGUGGAGAAAACUCCUUAAUAUAUUCCUGAAGACUUAAAACAAAUUUUAAAAUAUCAUAGUUUUUUAAAUGCUGUGGGCAUUUAAAAAAUAAUUUUAAAAUUCAUGAUUAUUACACAACACUGCUGGAAAGAAAUACGAAUUACAAAGAACCUUAUUUGGCCUUGGUAUGUGAAACCAUAGGCAGUUGAAACCAUAGACAUAGACAGUGUACACUGUCUAUGGUUUCACGUACUGAGGCCAAAUAAGAGUGAAACUUUAAUCAAGUUUUACUCUUGGCUUCUCCAAUUUUAGAGUCACAUACUUUUAGCCCAGAGGGAAUCUAUAAUUCCUACGUGGUUGCACAGCUGAGUAUUGUCAGUGUGAGAAUUCAAGAUGCCUGAUAUUUAAUGGGCCACCAUGACUCUGAUGGGAUUAAAAUAUUGUUCUUUGUUUCCUAGGAAAUGACCAAUCUGAGGACCUUGUGAUAGGAAAACUUGUCACUUCAAAGUAUUUCGUUAUUCAAAAUAUAUGUAUAUGUGUGUUAUAUUUUAGCUUUUAAAAAAUAUAAUUAAGCUUACUACAUUAAGUUAUUACUAAUCAUGCCAAAUACUCUAGUGUGUUUAUCCUAGUGUGUUUACUUUAAUAAUAAAAGUCUAGCAAAUCCCUAUCAUAAGAUGUUUUGCUGGUCUGUAUUUCAAGUCCUACCAAGUUUCAGAUUUUAAGUCUGUCCGUUCUUGAUUUGUAGAACAUGAGGAUUAAUUUGCUGACCUUACCAGAAAGGCUUAUGUUCUGUUCUUCCUUUAUGGUGUUAGAUGUUUACUUCUCUAAGCUAUGGUCAUCAUUAAAAGAAGUGGCCUUCCCAACUUGUACAGAACCUCUCUUUAAUCAAAGGCACAGGAAUGCCAACCUUAGUCUUUCUCAUCAAAGCAAAGAAAUGAAUUUCCUAUUGUAUUUCAUGGACUACAUGAAGCUUAUUAAGGAAGUUAUACUACGUAUUGAUUCACAUAAAAUAUCCUAAAUUUUCAACGUUUCAGUUAGUUAUCUGCAUGGGUAUUUUUGGAAUAUACUGUUUCAUACAUGCUUUAUACCUGAGCUGCAUGUGAUUGUCAAUAUGGAAUUUAAAAGUUUAUCAUCUGUGAGAUGAAAUUACAUUAUGGUAAAUUCUGGUAGAGUUCUUGUAAUGGGUUUGUUUUAGAUUUGUUAAAGAAGAAGAGUUUAUAUUGCUGCAGUAUGUCUUAAGUUGGCACAUGGGUAUGUCCCCUGGGAGACCUCAGAGAUAAUAUUGGUGGGUUGGUUGGGUUGAGGGAGUCAUUAGCAAGUUUUAGUAUUAAGAUCAUGGAAAUCAUACAUUCACAUGCAGCAACGCCAAGUUACUAGGUAACAUGCCUAGUUCAUGUUACCCAGAAGUUGUCAAUUUUAUGACUUGGAUUUUUCAUUUUUCAAAGUGAAUUUGUUGUUGUUAUGUCAAUUUUAAAACUGGCUGAUAGAAACAGGAAUAAUUUUAAAUGAGAUAAAUUAGCUGUUAAAAGCAAGGAAAUCUCUACCUAAAACAUGAGGAUUAGCUGGAAAAGAAGGGAGAUAUUUCCUUUAAAUUUUUUUCUGGAACUUUAAAAAUAGCUUCAUGGAAGGAUAAUUAAUAUACAAAAAAAAAACUGCAUACAUUUUAAGUGUACAAUUUUAUGUUUUGACAUAUACACAUCUGUCAAGAUAAUGAACAUAAACCAUUUCGCACAUGAGUCUCCCCAUGUGCCUGCUGAAGAUGAUCUUGAGCCUGAAUGGCUGGACAGUGUGCAGAAAAAUGGAGAGCUGUUUUAUUUGGAACUGAGUGAGGAUGAAGAAGAAAGCCUCCUUCCUGAGACACCAACUGUGAACCAUGUGAGGUUCAGUGAAAAUGAGAUUGUCAUUGAAGAUGAUUACAAAGAAAGAAAAAAGUACGAACCCAAACUUAAGCGGUUUACCAAAAUUUUAAGAAGAAAAAAACUUUUACCCAAGCGCUGCAAGAAAAAAAAUAGCAAUGAUAAUGGACCCGUAUCCAUUCUAAAGCAUCAGUCCAAUCAGAAGACAGGAGUCAUUGUCCAACAGCGGUACAAAGAUGUGAAUGUUUAUGUAAACCCCAAAAAGCUAACUGUCUUCAAAGCCAAAGAACAGCUCAAGCUUCUAGAAGUGCUGGUUGGAAUUAUUCAUCAGACCAAGUGGAGCUGGAGAAGAACUGGAAAGCAGGGUGAUGGAGAGAGGCUUGUAGUCCAUGGCCUGCUGCCAGGGGGAUCUGCUAUGAAGAGUGGUCAGGUACUCAUUGGUGAUGUCCUUGUUGCUGUGAAUGAUGUUGAUGUUACUUCUGAAAACAUAGAGAGAGUUCUGUCUUGCAUUCCUGGACCUAUGCAGGUAAAACUGACAUUUGAAAAUGCAUAUGCUGUGAAAAAGGAGACAUCCCAACCAAGACAGAAAAAGACACAGUCGAACACAAGUGAUUUAAUCAAGCUUCUCUGGGGAGAAGAGGUUGAAGGUAUCCAGCAGAGUAGCCUAAACACUCCUCAUAUCAUUAUGUAUCUCACACUACAGCUCAACUCAGAAACCUCCAAGGAAGAGCAGGAAAUUCUUUAUCAUUAUCCAAUGUCUGAAGCAUCUCAGAAACUUAAAAGUGUAAGAGGGAUUUUUCUCACACUCUGUGACAUGCUGGAAAAUGUAACUGGGAAACAAGUUACUAGUUCAUCCCUCCUUUUAAAUGGAAAACAAAUUCACAUGGCUUAUUGGAAAGAAUCUGACAAGUUGUUGCUAAUUGGCCUGCCUGCUGAAGAAGUUCCUCUUCCUCGGCUAAGGAGCAUGAUAGAAAAUGUAGCCCAAACCUUAAAAUUUAUGUAUGGUUCUUUAGAUAGUGCCUUUUGCCAGGUUGAGAAUGUUCCUCGUUUGGAUCAUUUUUUUAACUUGUUCUUUCAAAGAGCACUUCAGCCUGCAAAACUGCAUUCCAGUACCAGUCCCAGUGCUCAGCAGUACGAUGCUUCCAGCGCAGUACUUUUAGAUAACCUCCCUGGAGUCCGGUGGCUCACACUUCCACUGGAAAUCAAGACGGAAUUAGACAUGGCAUUAAGUGACUUGGAGGCUGCAGAUUUUGCAGAACUGUCUGAGGAUUACUAUGACAUGAGGCGGCUGUAUACAAUUUUGGGCUCUUCUCUGUUUUACAAGGGUUAUUUGAUAUGCAAUCAUUUGCCCAAGGAUGAUCUUAUUGAUAUUGCUGUAUACUGUCGCCACUAUUGUCUGCUGCCAUUAGCAGCAAAACAAAGAAUUGGUCAGUUGAUAAUAUGGAGAGAAGUGUUUCCUCAGCAUCACCUCCAACCUUUGGCAGACUCAAACACUGAAGUCUUUCCGGAACCUGAAGGAAGAUAUUUUUUGCUAAUUGUUGGCUUGAAACAUUAUAUGCUAUGUGUACUAUUAGAAGCUGGAGGCUGUGCAUCCAAAGCUAUUGGGAAUCCUGGACCGGACUGUAUAUAUGUGGAUCAGGUCAAAACAACUCUUCACCAGCUGGAGGAAGUAGAUUCUCGCAUAGAUGAGCGGCUAGCAUCUUCUCCAACCCCCUGUUUGUCUUGUGCUGACUGGUUCCUUACUGGAUCACGUGAAAAAACAGAUAGCUUGACCACUUCACCUAUUCUCAGUAGGCUACAAGGUACUUCCAAAGUAACAACUCCAACAUGUAGAAGAACGCUUUUUGGUGACUACUCCUUAAAGACACGUAAGCCCAGUCCUUCGCGAAGCAGUGGAGGAUCUGACAAUGGUUGUGAAGGUGGAGAAGAUGAUGGCUUUAGCCCCCAUACUACACCAGAUGCAGUACGGAAGGAAAGAGAAUCUCAGGGCUCUGAUGGUUUAGAAGAAAGUGGAACCUUGCUUAAGGUCACUAAAAAGAAGUCUACUCUUCCAAAUCCAUUUCAUUUGGGAAACUUGAAAAAGGACCUUCCAGAAAAAGAAUUAGAAAUAUAUAACACAGUGAAACUGACAUCUGGUCCUGAGAACACACUUUUCCACUAUGUUGCCUUAGAAACAGUGCAAGGAAUCUUUAUUACUCCUACCCUUGAAGAGGUGACACAGCUAAGUGGCUCUAUCCACCCUCAACUAAUAAAGAAUUUCCAUCAAUGUUGUCUUUCCAUUCGUGCAGUUUUCCAACGGACAUUGGUGGAAGAGAAAAAGAAAGGACUAAAUCGUAGAGACCAUUCAGAUUCUGCAAAGUCGGCAUCUUCUCUUAACCCUGUUAAAGAACAUGGUGUAUUGUUUGAAUGUUCACCUGAAAACUGGACUGAUCAGAAAAAAGCACCACCAGUUAUGGCCUACUGGGUAGUAGGGAGACUUUUUCUUCAUCCAAAACCUCAAGAACUUUAUGUAUGUUUUCAUGACUCAGUCACAGAAAUUGCCAUUGAAAUAGCUUUUAAAUUGUUCUUUGGAUUAAUCUUGUAGCCAUACUUUCUUGUUGUGUAGAAACACGUGCAUAGAGGAUUAAACACUGUCAAAAUUGCUGAAAUCAGUACACAAAGAGAUAAAGUUUAGCUUCUUUUUACUUUUCAAUAUUGAACAUAAUAUUGUUAAAUAUUGAAAUGAAAUGCUGUUGUAUUUGGUACAUUAAAUCUUAAUGUAAUAUUUCUUUUUAGAAUAUACUUAAUCAAAAUAUGAAAGAAGGGAUUGUUAACUUGUUGCUACUUUGGUAUAUAAUGUUAAUUUAUUGACUAGUUUGAAAUCAUGUGAAGUGUUUUAUAUAAGAUUAAUAUAGGAAAUGUUUAUUUUGGAAGAAUA